AUGAGGGAAGAACGAGAAUUCCAAUCCAACGAUCACCGGAACAAACUAAGAGGCAAAUUGGGAGAUAAAGAAAGCUGCGACCUGUUUACAGGGGAAUGGGUUCCCAACCCAGAGGCACCGUAUUAUACCAACUCCACGUGUUAUGGAAUUUACGAUCAUCAGAAUUGUAUGAAAUAUGGAAGGCCCGAUACUAACUUUUUGAAAUGGAGGUGGAAACCAGACGGAUGCGAGCUGCCCAUAUUCGAUCCGCACCAGUUUUUGGAAGUGGUUAGGGGAAAGUCUAUCGCCUUCGUGGGAGACUCUCUGGCAAGAAAUCAUAUGUUGUCAUUGAUGUGCCUCUUGUCGAGGGUUCUUUAUCCUCUGGAUGUUUCAACUGCUAAUGACGAAAAUAGACGCUGGGUAUACAGGGAGUACAACUUCAACGUUUCCAUGUUCUGGGCUCCCUAUCUGGUAAGGUCAGAAAGAACUGAUCCCAACGACAUAACCCGCCCUUUCAAUCUGUAUCUUGAUGAGUUUGAUGAUGGCUGGACAACAAAAGUUCAAGCGUAUGACUACAUUAUCAUCUCAGCUGGGCAAUGGUUCUUCAGGCCAACCAAUUUCUAUGAAAAUCGCACCCUCAUUGGCUGCCUGGCCUGUAAACAAGACAGUGUUACUCAGUUCACAAUGAAUUUUAGCUAUGAAAGAGCUUUGAGGACAGCUUUCAGAGCAGUUAUCAGCUUAGCAAACUUCAAGGGUGUAACAAUCCUUAGGACCAUUGCCCCGUCGCACUUUGAAGGUGGGGUUUGGGACCAAGGUGGAGAUUGUGUGAGAACGAGGCCCUUCAAGAGGAAUGAGACUGUCUUGGCGGAUUAUAACUCAGAACUGCACAAAAUACAAUUGAAGGAACUUAGAAUUGCUCAAGAAGAAGGGAGCAAAUGGGGUUUAAGGUUUCGAUUAUUUGAUGUAACGCAGGCUAUGUCGCUGAGACCAGAUGGUCACCCCAGUAAAUACGGUCACUGGCCAACUGAGAAAGUGACUAAUGAUUGCGUGCAUUGGUGUUUGCCUGGUCCGAUCGACGCAUGGAAUGACUUCUUACAAGAAUUAAUCAAACCGGAGGAAACAAAAAAAUCAUCAUAUAGGUAUACCUAG